AUGUACCACAUUAGACGUUAUGCCGAUCAUACAUGUAGACUUCCACCAAAAGGAUCAGAAAGUUGCCUUGCCAAACAAUCUCCAUUAAGUGGUUACCUAGAACGGCUUCAAAGAAUAUCUAGAAAAUUUAUUCUUCUUGACAAACAACACCCGCUGGUGAAAUAUUAUUGUAGAAGUGGAGCCGCCGUUAUCCAAGAAAGAAAACGCCACGUUUUUAAUUUCCCAUGGUUCGUAAUUCACCCGUUAAGCAAAUUUAGUUUUUACGUCGACAUUAUUUCGGCUAUCUUUUGGAGUUUCUGUUUCAUAGCGGACCCAUUUUUAGCAGCAUUUUGGAGUGGUAUAGAUAGAUUUGUGGUUUUAGACGUGAUUACGUCCUUGGUAAAUGCGGCUUUAUUAUUAUUAUGUUUCACGCGAUAUAUCAUCGGAUUUUUCGUCGUAAAAACGAAAGAGAUCGUCUUGAAUCCGAAGUCGAUAGCCUACAGUUAUUUGACGAAAUAUUUUUUCGUCGAUUUUGUCGGAUCGUUCACUUUUAGACCAUUCUUAAUAAUCUUCAAUCCGGAAUGUGAUGAGAUUUAUUACAAUUUGAUGUACGUGAUACGACUCGUUAAAUUGGCGAGGGUGUAUUCGUGUUAUAAAAGAAGUAAAUUAAUAAGUUUGUAUUUUAAUGUUAGCGAACGAGUACAUAUCGUUUCGUUUUUGGCGUUAUUAACACUACUUUUGUUGCAUUGGUUGACGUGUUUUUUGUUUAUUUAUUCGAAGAUUGCGUAUUAUUUGAUGGGGUAUAUUAUGGAAUCGAUUUUAAAUCAUUUUAAAAUUUCGGAUAAUUAUUCGUUAACACCUUGGUAUCAGCGAUAUGUUCGGGGGGUGCAUUUAAUAAGUACUCAACUUUGCGGGUCAAGAGGAAAUGUGGACGAAAGUUAUCAGGCAAGUGAGCAACUUUAUUUAUCGUUUAUUACGAUUUUUGGGCAAAUUUAUUACAUAGUUUGUUUCGUAUUGAUUUAUUUAACUUUUAAAUCGAGAGCAAGUACCGAUACUUGUUACGAAGAAUUUUUGCUGGGAGUUCAUGAAUUUAUGAAAUCGAAAAAAUUACCUCCGCAAUUAAAACAACGAGUUUGCGUCUAUUACGAAAAUCGAUUCCAACGGAAAUACUUUCGGGAGGCGAGUUUGAUUUCGUUACUUUCCGAACAUUUACAACACGAAGUUUGGUUACAUUCCUGUCAAAGGUUAAUCGACCAAGUUCAAUUUUUUAAGGUUUUGCCUAAAACCGUGGUUGGAAUUAUUUUGGCUCACCUCAAGCAAGAAGUUUAUUUGCCGCACGAUGUUAUUUUGAAAGCCGACGCUCCUUAUGUUAACAUGUAUUUCAUUUCUUGGGGCACCGUUGCUGUUUACACGAAAGAACAAAGCGAGGUUGAUCAUUUGGUGGAUGGAAUGCAUUUUGGUAUGCCCCCAAUAAAUAGAUUGCGAUUGAGCUCAGCAAAUUACACAUACGUAGCCGUUGAAGUAACCGAAUGCUUCCGAUGGGACAAAGAAGGAUACAAUAAAUGCUUUAUGAUUUAUAACGAAAUCGCAGAUAUUUUGGAUAAGAUACACCUUAAAAUUAUCGCCGAUUUCCAAGAGAAAGAAGAUGCUCAAAAGAAACUCCGCACCCAUAACAUUCUUUCCGAUUUACAACAAGGUAAAAUCAUUGAGACUGGGAAAAAAAGAUCGAAAUACUUUCCAGAAAAAUAG